GCGACCGGAUAGUCUCUCUGCUAGUAGGGGUACCCGAUCCGCCUUGCUGAUGUCGUGUAGUAGACACAGCCUCUCAAAAUCCUGCAGGUAGUCAUCCACGCCACCGUCAGCCUCUGAAUAGCUUUUGAAGGCUUGGUAGGGAAUUUUGACUUUCCCUGGGAAAAUAUCGACCAGUGUUGUGGCUCUUUCUCCUGCUUUUUGAUUCCUCUGCGCCCUUCCGAGCCUGAUAUAUUCCUGUACAUCUGCGAAGAGCCUGCUGACCAGCUCUGCAGAUGGUGGUUCUGGGAAUAGAGACAUCCUGCUCCUGAAUUCUUUUGCGAAUUCAUUUUGUUCUUCCUCCAUUGAAGGUGCUGCAGCAGCUGCUGCUCUGUCUCCUUCCAUAUGUUCUGCAAUCAAGAUAGCCUUCGCCUUGUUGCUGGCUAUUGCUCCUCUUGCUUCAAGCAAUUCUUUUAGUGUGCUUCGUUUUAAAAGGGCAUAAUUCGUUCUCAUUCACCAGCCGUUCGUGGGUUUCCACGUGUUCUCGGCUCCGGUUUCAUCCGAAUGGGUUAACUUCCGAAUUCCUGCUCUUUCUCCUCUAUUCGUUUCAGUUUCUGCCGACCGUUGCUUUGCUGUGUAGUUUCAAUCCCGUCGCUUGCCACCAAUUGUAGCGGAGAGGUAGUAUAAUCCACAGUAUCUCUGCUGGGUAACAGGAACAGCAUAAAAUAAUCCAAGGAAAUAAAUACAGCAUACAAUAAUCCCGUUAGCGUUGUAAGAAUCCUUCCUCCCAAGAACUAGACGACACAUAGGCUGGGAGUCAACUGAGCUUUUAAUCACAGGUCACUGUAUUUCUGAGAUUCCCCAUGCAAGGUGUUUCCCUACUGACAUUCCAGGGGUGGUACAGUAGGGGACUACAUGGGGAACUGACCAACACAUACAUUUCUCCCAUCAUGCACUGCUGCACGAGAGGGAUACUCCCACUGGAAUAUACUGUUAAGUGGAUUAUCCCUCCGUGCAGCAGAACUUACGUUUUACAUUAAAAUGCAUAAAUUUCAUUAUAUUCCCUUUAUUUAAACGAAUGGACGUUCGGUAGAUAGCUGGGGGCUGAGCGCACAGUUCGUGGGAAUACCGCUCAGCUCCCAGUCUAACUAAUCGAACGCCGUACGAAAUACACAUUAUUUCCAACACAUUGUUAAAAUAGCGAUUGAUAUUAGGGGAACAAACUACCGAACGCCAGGGGCUCCCGAACGGCCUGGAAGUCCAGCGGUGUUCGCGCCGUUGAGUAGCCGAUUUUAGUUCCAGGAGUUCGACGGCAAAACACCGCUGGGCUAACAAAGGAUCCAAGAUGGCCGACCGCCGCGUGAUUGGUAGCCGAACGACGGCCACCUAGGGAAGUCUUUAACUACCGAUUGCAACAACGACCUCUUGUGUGUGUGGUCGACCAUUCGGUAGUUUAUUCGUUUCACGAACAGUGUUGAAACUCACUGUUCGUGAAACUACAGUAUGAAUGCUGGGGUUUCAGGCUGCCAGCAUACGAAUGCCCUUCAUUCGCCUGAAAUGAAAAUAUAGCAAUACACUUGGUUCUCACAGCUGAAACAGGGAUAUAAACAUAUUCAUAUAUGGAUAGUCUUAAGUGGCUAGUUUUGCCCCACUCACACACUGCACGUUACUGUGAGUUUUAUUGCGGUGGAGUUUUGUGAGACACUCGUACACACUGCACAUUACUGUGAGUUUUAUUGCUGUGGAGCUCUGUGAUACACUCAUACACACUGAGCAUUACUGUGAGUUUUAUUGCUGUGGAGCUCUGUGAUACACUCAUACACACUGAGCAUUACUGUGAGUUUUAUUGCUGUGGAGCUCUGUGAUACUCUCAUACACACUGCACAUUACUGUGAGUUUUAUUACUGUGGAGCUCUGUGUUACCCUCUUACACACUGCACAUUACUGUGAGUUUUAUUGCUGUGGAGCUCUGUGAUACUCUCAUACACACGGCACAUUACUGUGAGUUUUAUAGCUGUGGAGCUCUGUGAUACACUCAUACACACUGCACAUUACUGUGAGAUUUAGUGCUGUGGAGCUCUGUAAUACCCUCAUACACACUGCGCGAUACUGUACGUUUUACUGCGGUGGAGCUCUGUGAACAUUUUCGAGUUAUUAGUUCUGACGUUUUUUCCCACUAUUUAUUAUUUUACAGGAAUACUUUUCUGUUUUUAAGAUUUACUUUUUCUUACAAUUACAAUAAUUAAGUAUCUCCAACGCAUUCUGCAGCGCUGCACAAUAGGUUAACAAUUCUAAUAGAACGUAUUUGAUGUACGGAAGGUGAAGAUGGACAACCUGCGAUAUUUCUGCAUUAUGAAAUGAUUUUAUUUUCUGACAUUAUUAUUUAUAUAGCGCGAUCAGAUUCCGUAGCGCUGUACAACGAGACAUCCUCUGAUCUCAACGUAGACAGCGAGGGUGAAUAGCAGGGUAAUUCGCACCGUAUGUUUAGGUAACGGUAGACAAUCAGGCACAAAAACGUGUCUGAAAAUAAACAAAAAAGGCAGCAUUUGUUGUAGUAUAUAUAUAUUUUUUUAUUUACUAAAUUUGAAGAGACUUUAAACCCCAAUAAAGUUUUCAGCAAAAUUAGACAAAUGUCUCCCUGUGCGUCACUCGGCCAGUUAUUAGGGACACGACAGUCACCCCCAGGCAGUUAUAGUACGGCUCGGUAUGCAGACCGUACUGGCAGGGAAGGGGUUAAUCCAAUGUCCUCACUCAGACACUGGAGGGAGGGCAGAGCCAGGAAUGUGCUCACAUUCCCUCUACUCCCAGCAGGGGUGGCGGAGUGGGGGAGGGGGACUCCUCCAGAGUCAGACUCUGUCCUGAACAGGAAUCAGUGCAGGUCUCACUCAGGGACCCAAUACCUGGAUCCUGUGCCACGGGGCCCUAGGAAGUGGAACCCAGAUUCUGUUAUUUAGUAACAAUUUCUGGCACCAUGUCAGAUCCAGAAACUAAAUCUGCCACAGUGUACCCAGCCCAGUGCCCGCAGUGCCAGGAGCUGUUCUCAGAUCCACGAAUCCUGCCCUGUCUGCACACACUGUGUAUGAGCUGCCUGAACAGACUGGAGCCUUUCAACACCAAUGGUAAGCUGACACAGGGGGUGAACCAGAGUAUCCUGUGCCCAGUGUGUGAUUCUGAGGUGGCACUGCCCCCUGGAGGGGUAACUGAGUUGGUACCAGACAUGCUGGCACAGGAAGAGGUGCUGCUGGCACUGUAUAGGAGUGGAGACCACGAGCUGGCAUGUGACCUCUGUGGAGAGGGCAGGGCAGAGAAACGAUGCCAGGACUGCAAGGUUAACAUCUGUGAAUUCUGCUGCCAGGCACACAGGUAAGUGACCAUAGAUUGUAAUAUUAUAUAAUACAGUAAGUGAACACAGAUUAUAAUAUAAUAUUACCGGUACACAGGUAAGUGACCAUAGAUUAGAAUAUUAUAUAAUACAGUAAAUUAACACAGAUUAUAAUAUAAUAUUAUACAGUAAGUGAACACAGAUUAUAAUAUAAUAUUACCAGUAUCCAGGUAAGUGACCAUAGAUUGGAAUAUUAUGUAAUACAGUAAGUGAACACAGAUUAUAAUAUAAUAUUAUACAGUAAGUGACCAAAGACUGUAAUAUUAUAUAAUACAGUAGUUAACACAGAUUAUAAUAUAUUAUACAGUAGUUAACACAGAUUAUAAUAUAAUUGUGGCAGAACCCCUUUGGCUGUCCAAACUAUUUCCUUUUUAUGGUUGGCACUUAAGAGUUUUCCCUGUGCCUGGAUUAUAUAGGAUCACCUACCACCAUAGGUGGCUACACAUUGUUCGGUAAUGGCUAUAUUCACCAUAUGAGUUAAACUACCCAACAACCGGACCACCCUAAUGUGAAGGGUGGCUGUAAUUUACCUCCCUGAUUGCUUGUUACAUUCCCUUGAACGCACGAACACUCUGUUGUAUUCCCUGGGUAGCCGCCAUUUCGGCAGCCUAACACGUGGCGGCGGCCAACUUAAACCCGCGAACAGCGGUGUUUGGUCGUCGAGUGUCUGGAACUCAAAACGGACACUCGACUAACCGAACACCGCUAAGACCUCCAGGGCGUCAGAAAGUACAAAUGGAAACGCGCGAACGGCCCGUCGUUCGGUAGGAUGAAUCCCACGAACUAGGGGAUUCAUCCGGUUACAACCGUAUCUGUGAAUGGCAUAGCCUUUCGGGACUUUUGAGGCACGAACAGAGACCGACCGCUGCGCCAGAUCUCAUGGAACUAAUUUCAGCUACUUUACCCAUGCGGUCGGUCAAAUCUUUACCUUCUCAUAACUCCUGAACCCCUGGUCUGAUCUGGGUGAUUUUUGGAUAUGUUCCUCACCCAGAUCAGGGCUACCAAAAAGUAUAUCCCCCAUAUUUGGGGUACAUCUAAGAAUUGGGGAAAAGUCUGUAAUGUAUAAUUGGGUUAACUGUUAAUCUAAGGGGAGGAGAUGUGUGGGAGGUAACGUCUAUGGGAUUGGUUACUGUACUAAUUAUGGUGAGUCCCUCCCUUGCAUGGGAGAAUCUCAUAAAAGCAGGAAUGUUGCCAUUAAAAGUCAGUUCUACUCCUGAUACUGUGUGACGUCCAGUGAUUGGGGAAGGUGAUGGGAUACUGUUGGAUUUUAUUGCUUAUUGUGCUGGUUAUCCUCUUGGCUUUACUACUUGUUCCUGCAUCCUUUUAAUAUACGAGUGGAGUUAAAGCUGUGGGAUAUCAGCUCUCCGCUACAAUAAUAUUAUACAGGUAAGUGAACACAGAUUAUAAUAUAAUACAGUAAAUUAACACAGAUUACAAUAUAUUAUAUAGGUAAGUGAACACAGAUUAUAAUAUCACCAGUACUGAUAGCGGGUACACACUGACUAUACACUUGCACUGAUAGCGGGUACACACUGACUAUACACCUGUACUGAUCGCGGGUACACACUGACUAUACACCUGUACAGAUAGCGGGUACACACUGACUAUACACCUGUACAGAUAGCGGGUACACACUGACUAUACACCUGUACUGAUAGUGGGUACACACUGACUAUACACCUGUACAGAUAGUAGGUAUACACUGACUAUACACCUGUACAGAUAGCGGGUACACGGUGACUAUACACCUGUACAGAUAGCGGGUACACACUGACUAUACACCUGUACAGAUACAAGUACACACAGACUAUACACCUGCACUAUAGCAGGUACACACUGACUAUACACCUGCACUGAUAGUGGGUACACAGUGACUAUACACCUGUACAAUUAGUAGGUACACACUGACUAUACACCUGUACAGAUAGUGGGUACACAGUGACUAUACACCUGUACAUUUAGUAGGUACACACUGACUAUACACCUGUACAGAUAGUGGGUACACAGUGACUAUACACCUGCACUGAUAGCGGGUACACACUGACUAUACACCUGUACUGAUAGCGGGUACACACUGACUAUACACCUGCACAGAUAGUGGGUACACAGUGACUAUACACCUGUACUGAUAGCAGGUACACACCGACUAUACACCUGCACUGAUAGCGGGUUCACACUGACUAUACACCUGCACUGAUAGCGGGUACACACUGACUAUACACCUGCACUGAUAGCGGGUACACACUGACUAUACACCUGUACAGAUAGUGGGUACACACUGACUAUACACCUGCACUGAUAGCAGGUACACACUGACUAUACACGUGCACUGAUAGCAGGUACACACUGACUAUACACCUGCACUGAUAGCGGGUACACACUGACUAUACACGUGCACUGAUAGCGGGUACACACUGACUAUACACCUGCACUGAUAGCGGGUACACACUGACUAUACACCUGCACUGAUAGCGGGUACACACCGACUAUACACCUGCACUGAUAGCGGGUUUCACAGUGACUCCAUAUAUAUGGUAUCCUCAAUAACAGCCACCAGAAGUGUCCAUAUGAAGAUUAAUUCUAGUACAACGUCUUGGAUCAUAUAUCAAUAUACAGAGUCCCUUCACAAUAAUGUGGACGCAGAGAGAUGGCUAUUUGAAAAGAUAUCACAUUUAUAGUAAAGUGUGAUCAUCUAUCUAGAUAGAAUCCAAUGGUUGUUAAAAUAUUUAUUUUAUGGUUAUGUAUAUGUAUCCAAAAUGUGCACGUGUCCCCUUCAUAUGGUGACUAUAAGCCAUAUCACUGUACAUAAUUUACUGUAGAAGGCUAUUAACAUCAUAGAAAGAUAUAAUGUACAUAUAGAGUAUAUAUCCAUAGCUAUACCCCCUAAAAAAACCUUAUCUUUGUAUUCAUAUCAAAAUAAUAAUAAUAAAAUAAUAUAAUAAUAAAUAAACCUAAAAAAUGUGAUAAAUAAAACACUACACACACCAUAUUACAAAAUCUACAAUCUGGAGGUCACUUUAUGAAGAGCCUGAAAGUUUGAGCCUGCUAUUUAUAGGCUCAUCAAUAUGUGAGUUUAUCCAACUUGUAUUUUAUAUUGUCCAAGUUGUAUACAUAUUACGCUAUGAAGUGUUUUUAAUGUUUUUUUUGCAUACAAGUGAUCACUACCAUUUUAUCCACGUUUAUCUAGAGUGGUAGUAUUGUAUCUUUCCUGUGUGCUUGCUCUCACCUAUCUACUUUAUUGUUUCAUUACCUGUUUCGUGUUGUUUGGGAAACCAACACUGGUGAUUGUAGCGGCACUAUCUUAUUCUUUAUUGAGUCACUGUAUUUUUUUAUUUGUGUGUAGAGUCAGUGUGUACCCGCUAUCAGUACAGGUGUAUAAUCACUGUGUACCCGCUGUAACGGAUCACCUGGCACCCCGACUGGGUACCUCAGUUGAAGGAUGCUCCUAGUGCUACCUGAGGACUCCAAGCACUGCAGCAGACACCACCGAACCAGAGAAGCAUACGAAUGCUCUCAAGCAUAUGAAUGCUGUAAGCAGCUGAACAGGAAAAGCAUACAAUCAGCUUACACUCCUGGCAAUCAGCAUACAAUCCAAUUCCCCCAAUAACGAGACGACACUUCGUUUUGAGGUCAAGCAGAACUGACUGGACUGGCACAUACAGCCUCUUUUAUUCACAAUCCACAAACAUAGUACUGCCCACAGGGUUUUGAAAUACAACCAAUCAAUCCGUACAAUACACACAGACACUCCCACACAAAAUCCUCCCCUCUGACUGUGAUAUGAUUACUGAACACAGUGGUUAAUAUAAUUAUCUCAGGCAGAGAAAUACAGUAUUAUAAAACAUAUCACAGGGAGCCCAAAACAUGCGAUAACCCCAUAAAAACCGGGGGAUCUGGGUGAACCACAUAUCCAAAAUUCACCCAGAUCCGUUCAGUACUUUGGAAAACACAGUUUAAUGCAGAUUCUGCAGAACAUAUACAGGCUAAAUAAAAAACAAUCACUUUAUAAUGUGUCCCCUGCUGUAUAGUCCAAAACCACCGCACGAUGUCUCUGUGCAACAAAUACUGGCGAGAUGGCACCGUGUUGAAAAGUCCAAACAGUGUAUGUGAGUUAAAAUGGCCACCAUCCAUUGUUCUCACCAUGUGCUUCUGAUACAGGAAAUGGUGGCCACCCAGUAACUCCACAGUAUGUCCCCAGAUGGUUCUUAAAAGGGCCAGCAGCAGCACAACACAAAUCCCUUAUGCCCAAAUCAUGUCUUUAAAGGGCAAUACAUCCCAGGGGCUAUGGUCACAUGGCAGGAGGCAGGCAAUCAGUCUUCUCCAAUGCCCAAUGGCGAGGUCGGUUUCGCCACAGUAGUAUUGUAUCUUUCCUGUGUGCUUGCUCUCACCUAUCUACUUUAUUGUUUCACACACUGACUAUACACCCGUACUGAUAGCAGGUACACACUGACUAUACACCUGCACUGAUAGCGGGUACACACUGACUAUACACCUGUACUGAUAGCGGGUACACAGUGACUAUACACCUGUACCGACAGCAGGUACACAAUGAAAAUACACCUGUACUUGUAACGGAGCUCCAGUACUCUGACCGAGUACCUCCGCCAAGUCUGCUUCCUUGUAGCUAUCAGGGACCCUGAAACCCUUCAGACCCAGAUGCCGAGGCUUGACUUGGGAUCACUUAGGGCCUUUUCCACCCUGGACCAAACACCAGACGACACAUGGUGAAGGUUAAACAACAACUCUUUAAUGAAUACAGCACACAUAGUUUAAGCCCCCAACAGCCUCAUUUACAUACAAUAGGUUACAUAGAUUACUAUAGUACAAGGGCUGAUAAGAGAUUGAGGAGGGCAGAGCAGCCAGUUUAAACUGGUCUGGCAGUGUCCCUGGGACAACGCCCUGCUGGGGAAACAAUAGCACAGGAAAAAGGGGGAGUGGGAGAUGCACAGACCAGCAAUACAUUCAACAUACCCUGCACAAAUAAUAGGCACAAUGUGACAAAACACAAAAGGAAUUUGGGAGCCCACCCAUAGUGUCUGUCUUCCAUCCCCAGUGAUGGUGAACCGUCACAAUAUACAAAUAGAAUAAAGGAUAAAUGGACAGAUUCCCAGGCUCUCAGAGCAAAUUAACAGAUUCUCAGUGUGAAUGGACAGAUUCCCAGGCUCUCAGAAUAAAUGGAAAGAUUUCCAAUUUCUCAGAGUAAAUGGACAGAUUCCCAGACUCUGAGAGUAAAUGGACAGAUUCCCAGGCUCUCAGAAUAAAUGCAAAAAGCAAACAAGAUAUGUGAACACAACCCCAGUGAGAAAGGUGUAUAAUUUUAAACAGAAGGAAUUUGGGAGCCCACCCAUAGUGUCUGUCUUCCAUCCCCAGUGAUGGUGACUACCGUCACAGUACUGAUAGCCACAAAUUACUGUGAAUAUGUCACGGCUGCUAGUGUGGUCUAACACGCAGAAACUAUGUAAAAAAGGAAAGGAAAUAAAAGGACAGAGCGUAAACCGGACCUUAGAAUGGCCGGACUAAUACGCUAGAGAUAGAGAAUGGUCAAAGAGAAAGCCGAGGUCAAAGAAGCCAAAAAUACUCAGAUACCGUUUAAACAAGCCAAGUCAGGGGAACCAGAAUUCGGAAUAACCAGGGAAAAGCCAAGAUUAGGAUACCAGGAAGUCAGAUUCACAAAGAUAAACGCACUCUCGGGAACCAGGAACAGGAAACCAGGACAGGGCAAGGAACUGGAGUGAAUUAGGUAUUUAAAUAUCCCUCUCUGGGCUCUGAUUGGUCAGAAGGUGACCUCUGACCCCAGAAUGUGCGCGUACGUUGACAUUGUGAUGUCAUACGCACGUCCGUAUAAAUUUGAGGGGCGGAGCUUGUGGUGUGCGCGACCACGUGGUCAGCGCCAUCUUUGAUUUGGGCGCAAUGCCCAGAAGACGCGGAGGAGCGGUUCCCGGCGCGCCGGCAAGCAGGUAAGCUCGCAAUAUCGGCAAUAUCGAGGUCAUGCCGGUCGGGAGCCGCAACAGAAUAUUACCACUGUGGAGCUCUGUGAACAUAGUUAAGCUUCUAGUAAUAAUGAGAAGUAUAUUCAGGGCUUCAAACCUUGUGCUUCUUCUCGCCACACACUGCGAUGGGUGCACUCAAUCUGCUUUUAUAAAACGUUAGAAAGAGCUGACACUAUUAACCCUAAAGCUUAGUUUACGGUGUUUCCUCUGAGGCUUCGAUUUAAUAUUGUUGGAUAAGUUUUCCGUAGGUUUUAAUUAUUUUGGAUAAUUCUUUGAAAUCUAAUGAUAGUGAUGUUUAGAAGUCGCUCAUUUGUGGAUUAAUGGCUGUCAGUCGGACAUGGACAUAAUAGGGUAAAUCUUAACACGGCUUUUCUCUUGUCUCCCCAUGCAGACGGCAGACACGUACAACAAGACACCUGCUCCUUUCAUUGCAGAACUUGCCCCCUGGCCUCUCGCUGUCCCCGGUGCCAUGUUGUAAUCUGCACCCUCUGGAGGAGCUGUGUCUGUUCUGUGAACCCUGCUCGUUACCGUGCUGCAGGGACUGUGCACUUAUCAAACAUCGGGGCCAUGUAGUACGUCCCGUGUCGGAGGUUGCAGGGAAGCAUCGAGAACAGCUUCAUAUGGCCCUAAAGGAGGCAGAGCCUCAGCUUCGGGAACUGGAGGCAGCAAUGCAAGGAGUGCAUAGUGUUAAGGAAGCCAUGCAUCGGAGAGCUGAGGUUCUUCAAGGAGAGGUCGAGGCCUUUACUGAGAAAUAUAUCCGUGCUGUACGUGAGCACAGGUCCCGGCUACUAAGGGACAUAGAUGAAGCCAUAAGGCGGAGGCAGCAGACACUCAGUUUGCAAGAAGCCCGGAUACAGCAGCAAAUUUCAGACCUACGUACGGCCACGGGAUUCACUAAAGGCCUACUAGACAGAGGGCCAGACUUGCACUUCAUACGGACCCGAAGCCUCGUGUCAAGCCGUAUCACGGAGCUGGGCGUGAGAGACCAAAGGAUGGUGGAGAUGGAAGAGGCCACAAACAUUCAAUUUAGCCCUCAGGAAGAGGCAGGACAAUGCCAAGGGUACCUGAUGUAUGGGGCAGUUAAAGGCCGCGAAGUUGAUCCAGAGAAGAGUGAGGUCCGGGGUAAGGAUGCCAUGGCUGGUAUGAAUGUGGGUUCUGUGGGUAAUUGGGGUGACAUUAUACAGAAUGCACGCCCCCAAACAGUCUUGAUUUCAGAGGAACAAUCCUGAUUCAGUUAAAUGCACCUGCUUCAAGGUCCUUUAGGUUGGAGGCUGGCCAGACAGGCCCCAUCAGUGGGCCAACACUCAGGGUCCACCUCAAUCUCAUGAGACAAAUAUACAAAUAUACUUCUAGAAAGAAAAUUAAAGGACAAUGGUCACCUCAAAACUAUUUUGAAUAUAACAAUACUUGAAAGUAAAUAGAUGUUUUUUUAAUAGAAUAUAAAGAUCCUGUAGCGGAGCUGCAAUCCCGAGACUGAAUAUGUCCACUGAAGUUCUCUCAAGCUGAAAUAAAGCGCUGCUUAGUGAUUAUAGCCCAUUCCCCCAGUAACUGAACAACACACAAUUCUGGGAGUCAACAGAGGUUUGAGCCACAACCGGCUUUUUGUGCACAGAUCCUGAGCAUGGGGUCUCAAAUGAACAUAGCAGAAACCCCUCCCAGGCGUCUCUGUGUCUGGGAGAUAAUUGAGACAAAAGAAGGAUUAUUCAAUUAUCUCUCAGUUACAAGAAGCCAUACAAAAAUACACAAAAUACCCCAAAGACAUAUCUAAAAUAUACAGGAACCCCACAAGUCUUAUAUCCUCGAAUAGCCCAGAUCUGAGUGCCCAAUGUAGCGGAACGCCAAUAAUAAAUCCACGAAUUCCGCUGGUUCAGAAACGAAUCCACAGUCAAGCGCUGAAAACCACAAGGCAAUAUCCCCAAUCUCCCAAUAACCGCACGAGACACAGUUCUGAGAGUCAACUGAACUCCUUUUAAUCGGCUGGACAAUUUAUACAAGUCCCCAUGCAAGGGGUUUCCUGAGUCCCUUCCCAGGGGCACUCCCAGAAGGGACUACAUGGGGGACUUACAUUACAGCAUAUUACAUUAGUGGAUUACCCCCUCGUGCAGCAGAACCGAUAAUUCACACAAAAAUCCAUAACUUAGUAUAUAUACAGUGGAUUCACACGAAUGGACGUUCGGUAGAUAGCUGGAGUCUGAGCGCAUCAUUCGUGAGAUUACCGCUCAGAUCCCAGCUAAAAUAACCGAACGCCGCACGAAAAACACAUUUCGUAUAAAACAUAUAAAAAGAACCGAUAGCUUGCAGGGAACAAAAUACCGAAUGUCCCGAAACUCCCGAACGUCCUGGAGGCUCAGCGGUGUUCGUGCCGUCGAGUAGCCGUUUUUAGUACCAGGCGCUCGACGACAUAACACCGCUGAGGGAACAAACGAUCCAAGAUGGCCGACCGCCGCAUGGUCGGUAGUCGAACGACGGUCACCCAGGAGAGCCUCUAAUUACCGAUUGCAACAUUGUUGCAAUCGGUUAACGAGCGCCACACGCCUCUAAGUGUGUGGGCUAUUAGGGAAUUGCGUUCGGUUCACGAACGGCCCUCCAAAGUGCCGUUCGUGAAACGAAAGGAAAUCCCCAUACAAACCGCCAUUUGCAUUCGGCGGAACAGGCAAUUACAGGUAAUGCAGAGAAUACAUGAAGCAUACACAUAUAGGUUAAAGCGCAUAUCUCUCCAGACCUAUAGGCAACCCUUAAAGGCAUAGUGUCCAGUUAUAGUCCAAGUGGCUAGGUUUGCCACACCCAAGUUGUCCAAAAACGUGCUCAGAUCCAUUCAGUAGAAUGGAAUCGCCUUUUGGGUAAAGUUCUGACCAGCCAGCCACGAGGCGAUAGCCCAAAAUAUUUCCACAGGAAAAGAGGCAGCGGCCAGUCUAUUUUCGGGUGUUCCACGAACGCUCACCCUAGCUUUUAGGGAGCAAAUGCUCCCAUUGUUCGGUAUAUCCUUUCUCCCGAACGGCGUUCGGACUGGUCUGGGAGAGGAACGGGGAAAGCACCUGUACUAAUUGCUCUUUGAAGUUAACGAGUCAGUGGUGGCCGGUGUUCGAAGGGUGUAAAAGGAGGACCACACAUGUUCCCUUUUGGCCAAGCACAGGAGUACAAACAGUCAAAUGGAAUGAAUAUGUGUUAUACAGCGGACAUAGGCUGCUACACGAGGAUAUGUUCGGGAAAGAAUAGGUACAGCAACCGAAUGGGAUAAUACAAAGUCCGCCACAUUUCCCAUUGUCAAGAGAACAAGCUAUUUCAAUUAAAGGGACACUCCACUGCCUAAAUCCAAAAAUAAAUUAAAAUCACUGUUUAGUAAAUAUGUCCCAAUAAAAACAUGCAUGUGUUUAAUUAUUCUUUCCCCCCCCUUGGGGCAUAUCUAAAAACAGUGAGUAAAAGCUGCAGAUCUCUUGUCUUCAGCCUUCGUAAGCCCUCCCCUUCCAACUCCGCACAGUCUUUCUGUGGCUGUCCAAUCAGAGACUUCCCAAGGCAGCUCAAUGAGAAGUCUUUACAAGGCAGGUGCUCUGGGUAAUUGCUGCCUCUUGAGUUUAGCUCCGAGUGUGACAGAGUUCCAUAUGGUGCCAAGUAUGACAGAUAGCCGCGUACAGUGACGAGUGUGACAGAGAGCCCCGUACAGUGCCAAGUGUGACAGCUUCGUACAGUGCCAAAUGUAACAUAUAGUCCCAUACAGUUGCAAGUGUGAUCGAUAUCCCCAUACAGUGCCAAGUGUGACUGAUAGCCCUGUAACAUGCUGAAUGUGACUGAUAAAUAUAUGUGUGUCAUAUUAUGUCUAGUAAAUGGCUGUUUCUAUAUCUAUUCCUAGGAGUCCAGAUUGCCAAGGUGGGGAAGGUCAGCAAUUUCAAGUUAAUCUGUAAUGAUACAUCAGGAAAUUCCCUGAGGUACGGAGGGCAAUGUCCCAGAGUCAGCAUCCUGCACCAGGGCACCGAAAGGUAAAUCACUCAGAAACAGUGCGGGCAGACUCCUGGCACUAGGGGUAGGCAGCCUUUGGCACUAUGGAUGUUGUAGACUACAUCUCCCAUUAUGCUGGCAAAACAUCAGGGGAGAUGUAGUACACAUUAUCUGGAGUGCCUGAGGUUACCUACCCAUGUCCUACAUGAACAAUACUGGCAGAUGUCUCCGUCCAAGAAGCAGGUCUAUAACAGCCGCCAUGUGAUUGGGAAGGAUUCCAUUAGAAGUUGGAGAAUCGACGAGGUUGGGCAUAAUACUGGCGAUGAGUCCUGUUACUACUCAUGAUAAAGUCCACCAUGGGGACCUCUGGAAGUCAGUCUGGUUUCGUUCACACCAACCCUGGACCCCACUUUGUGUACGAAGUCCCUGAAACAGGAGGAGGAACCUCCAUGGAAUAUCACUGUAUGCUGCUGUCAUGACGAAGUUCUAGUAGAAUAAAAACAUUAAUCCUCUUUACCAGCUAGUCGUGGAGAAAGCAGCCUUUUUACAGACAACCCUCUCCCCUGUGUGUAAGUGCAUGUUAGGUGCUCUUACACUUACGAUAUGGAUUUCUCAUGAAUAUCUUUCUAUUUUUCCCCUAUAAGGAGGAUUAAUGUUUUUAUUCUGCUGGGACUUUUCCAUUGGAGUACAAGGGUCAGUUUUCUGUUUUACAUUGUACCUCAGGGGCUGUGCACGGUACACUGCCGAAAUACAUCACUGUUCAGGAGAUAUACCCCAAUGAAAACAUACAUGGAUUUCUUCCUUGAUGGUAUGUGCAAUAAGAACUUGCAAAAGUUGCAGAUUUCCUCUGAAGUCUCUACAAUCAUAUUACUAAUGAAAUCUGCACUUUUUUAUUUUUUUUUAAAAGAGAACAUACUCUUUAUACAUAAAGCAUUCUUCCAGUAAAGCGAAGUACGUUAGGAGUGUCUGUUUACUAUCGGACAUUCUAAGGACCAUUAAAGUCACCUACUUUACUUCAUCUCGAUGAUAUGGUCUCAGUGCAGUAAUUCUCCAAUUUUAACCCUUAAAGUGUUCACAUCUCACACUGACCACUGCUAGUGGCACUUCUGCUUUAAAAACCAAUUAGAACGCUGUCAUGUGACAUUCGAAGUGUACGAGGACAUCGAACAUUAUCAAAUGCAGCUCAUACGAAAGCACUGAAUUCACACCAUUUUCCUCUAUGGGGAGCAUUAGAUUGGAUGGACUCCUGGGAUUGGAAUACUCCAUGACUGGGUGCAGGAGGUGGAGAGUUCAGCAUCACAGAAGAAGUAUAGGCACUGAAAAAAAGUUUAAAGUAAAACCUUUUUCUUUUUUUACACGUUUUACUGCACACAGAGGGCGGCACUAAUUUAAAUAGCGACUGGGGCACUAUAGUGCUAGGAAUACAGGUUUGAUAUAGUUUUCCUGUAAGGUAGCAGUGGAUCAAUCUCCUUUUUUUAGUGAAUAACCCCAGUAUAAAUAUGUAUGGUGGAAGGUGGAGAACAUCCACAAAUCCAGCCACAGGGGUCAGGAGGAACUGCUUGAUGUGUUUUCCUUUCUGUCCCACACAGAUCACUCCAACCCUCGAUUUGGGAUAAGCAUGAUGGCUCAUACCACAUCUCAUACACUCCCACUGCGCCGGGGGAGCUGCUAGUAAGCGCGUUGGUAAAAGACCGCCACGUACAGGUGAGAGGAGAAUGAUCUGGUUACUGCCCUAUUAGUGAUUUUAUUAUUGAUCCAGUGCAAAAUAUAUAGCGAUCCAUAAAACUGUAUUGAUGUCAUGCCAUAGGGUGCUAUCUCGAUAUUAGUAAUGACUGAUCAGAGGUUUUAAUCUCCCCCUUGAAAUACAUGCAAUACCUCUGGGAUAGGUUGUGUAUCACUCUGCAAUAUACGCGUUACUGCUAUAUAAUUCCCUUCUUCAGUAAGCACACUGCAGCUCUACCACCCCCCUCUGCUACACUGGUUAGUCCUCUGUCGUCUCAUUCUGCUUUAUACUCAUUACUAAUCUACCAUCUCCCCCUAGCUGUAUACUCGUUACUGCUCUAAUGUUGCCCUGUGCUAUUCCUAGGGUUCUCCAUUCACCGUAACUGUGAAGGGCAAAUCUCAGCAGCACCCUGGGAUCUAUCAUUGCUGCUCAUUCUGCUCAAGUGGAGGACAAAAGGAUGCCCGAUGUGGGUGUGGAGGGUCCAUGCCAGGUACAGAAAUCCUGAAAUAAAGAUAGAACAGAUAAUUUUCCUCCAAAAUGUAAACACUGUGUAGUGAAACUCAGUAUUCCUGUAGUUUUAACCAUUGACGCAUUAAACACAUCUCACACCGACUGCCACUAGUGGCACUUCUUUAACAAGUAAAACUGUCAUGUGACAUUUGACGUGUAUCAGAACCUUGAACAUUAUCAAAUGCAGCGGAUACGAGUCUGUGAAACGCAGACUCAUUGUCCAACACAGACCCCACCCACACUCGACCUCAUCACCUCCCAACACAGACCCCAGCCGCACUCGACCUCAUCACCUCCCAACACAGACCCCAGCCGCACUCGACCUCGUCACCUCCCAACACAGACCCCAGCCGCACUCGACCUCGUCACCUCCCAACACAGACCCCAGCAACACUCGACACCCAAUCUGGGCGAUUUUUGGAUAUGUUGGUCCCACAGAUCGACCUAUCAGGGUACUUCCAUGUGUUUUGUGGGUACUUUCGGGAUAUUGUUAAAAUAUAUGUUUUCUAUGCGUGGAGAUCAUUGAGUUUAGUACAGUUCCUGACUCAUUUAUUAUCUCAGAAUUAUCUCAGUGCUUGGAGUACUCGGUGAGCACUAGGAGCAUCGAUUGGCGGAGGUACCCAGUCGGGGUGCCAGGCGGUCCACCACAAAUACGAUUCCAAAUCUCCCAAAAUAUAAUGAGGUUAGAUACCAAUCUAGCCAUACCAGCAAGCAGAAAAUGUGUGGUACCUCCCCCUCUAGAGAAGGGUUAAAUACUAGACUUAUCAUCCCUAAAUGAAAACUUGUGUUAUUAAGAGAGUAGUUGUUACCUACUAAUUACCCCUCUGUUUCCUCCCCUGUAGGUGGGUAUAAGGGCUGUGGUCAUGGUCACAAAGGUCACCCUGGGCACCAACAUUGGUCAUGCUGUGGAAGUACUGUGGAGAAAUCUGAAUGUCCGGGUGCCAAGGACACAGCUCCCCACAAUCUCCUCCGAACUGUUGCCUUGUGAAGGAUAAAAAAUGACAGACACUAUUACCGUCCAUGUUCCCACAGGAAGCAGACGGGGCCUUCCCAAUGGACAAUAAUGAAUAACACUCACUGCUGCAACAAACACUCCGCCACAUUAAAACACACUCAUCACAGAGCACUGCAGUCUGAUAUUUACCCAUCAGCAGCAGCAGCUAUUACGUGUGCCUUAUUUUAUCCAUUGUACAGAGCGGCACAAUAUGUUGGCACUAUAUGAACAAUUGUAAUGGCAGCGGGUCUGUUAUUUAGAAGAAGUGCCUUAUGACUAAGCAGACUGUAAAAAAUAACCUUGCCAUUGGACAACAGCCAUUCCUUACAUGAUCUAUUUAGCACAACUAUAAAAUUACUCAACUAUAAAAUGUUAUUUCUCUUUCUUUAAGCCAAAAACAGGGUGAGGGUAUUUAUUAGCAUGUGAUCCAAAAGGGUUUUAAGUUUGUGUGUGCCUGAAUUUACCGCAUCACUUGACAAUUGUUCUUUUUUUCUUUUUUUUACCAGCACAGAGACACUUUUAAAUAAAAUGAACAAACCAAUAUAACGCAAGAUAAACUUUGAAAAG